AUGGCGGGCAAAUCAUUUAUCGUCACUCUAAAAGAGUCCGCACCAGAUGCACAAGUAGCACAGUUCAAGCGCUCGAUUAACGAGCUCGGUGGGGCUAUUACUCAUGAGUUCUCACUAAUUAAGGGUUAUACUGUCAAAUUGCCCGAAGAACUACACAUCAACAAGCUCAAGGAAGGUUUCAAUCCAAUCAUUGCUAAUGUGGAAGAGGACAAGGAGGUUCAUACUCAAAAUUAA